AAAUCGUCUGAAUGAUUUUCGAAUUUAGCCGAUCCGAUCUACUUGUGCGUGUCUGUAAUAAAUUGACUGUGGCAAGUUAGAAAUAUUUGGGAGAUAGUUCAAUCUCCCUGUUUAAAAUAUUGAAAUACUUUUGUGCAAUAUUCAUAUCGUAGAUAGGAUUGUAGUUGAAAUUUUAGUUGAAGUUAGUUUUUAAAUUUAAAUAAAAAUGUACCUGUCUGAGCUUUUGUUAGUUGCGGUCCUCGUAUCGGGCUACGCUGGCAAUCUGCUCGCGACAUCUUCAAGAGAAUCAGAUCUCUCGGAAGGACUUGAUGUUAGUGAUCGAGGUGAGGAAAACUUUCGUGAAGAUCGAGAAGUGUUGGAGUCAAAUUUACCCAAGUCAGAAGAGCCGGAGUUUAAGAGAGAGCUUCUUGAUGCCUUGACAGAAAGUAGUUUAUCGAGACAGAAGAACUUUGUUCCUGACAGAACAAAAUAUAAGAAUCCACCGCCAUUCUUUCCACACGGCUUAAAAAAAAGGCACCAUCAUAAAUGGAUUUGGAUGACUAAGAAAGAUACUAUGGAUUCAGAGCCAAACUUGCCGACCGACAACAAAAAAAGGCACCAUCAUAAAUGGAUUUGGAUGACCAAGAAAGAUACUAUGGAUUCAGAGCCAAACAUACCAACCGACAACCAAAAAAGGCACCAUCAUAAAUGGAUUUGGAUGACUAAGAAAGAUACUAUGGAUUCAGAGCCAAACAUACCAACCGACAACCAAAAAAGGCACCAUCACAAAUGGAUUUGGAUGACUAAGAAAGAUACUAUGGAUUCAGAGCCAAACUUGCCGACCGCGAACAAAAAAAGGCACCAUCAUAAAUGGAUUUGGAUGACAAAGAAAGAUACUUUGGAAAAUAACGUUGGUGAUAGUGAGAUAACUAAAAGAGAUAAUGCUGUCUACCCUACGGAAUUUUUACAAAGAUUUGGUUACUUGCCCGAGCCAGAGCCUGGCGUUGCGUAUGAUUCAGAAACUAAAACCAACGCAAUAAAAGAAUUCCAGAACAUGUAUCACUUGGAAGAGACUGGAAAACUGAACGACGAAACGAUUCACGCCAUGACGAUUCCAAGAUGUGGAAUUCCCGACAUCAUUAGUGACGAAGAAAGUGAUGAUGAGAAACGGGGAAUAGCUAAAAGAUUUGAUGCCUCUGCUUACAAAUGGAAGAAAAACCAACUGAAGUGGAAACUGCAGAACUUUUGGUAUGCUGACAGAAUGCCAGAAAGCAUCCAGAGACGAGCGAUAACAGAUGCCUUUGCUCUCUGGAGUCAGGCAGUCCCACUCGAUUUCCAGGAAACAACAGGGAAGGCUGAUUUGAACCUCAAAUUUGUCAACGGAAAUCAUGGAGAUGGUCCAGGAAAUGCAUUUGAUGGACCAAAUGGAGUACUUGCGCACGCCUUCUUUCCAGAAAAUGGAGAACUUCAUUAUGACGCCAGAGAAGAUUGGACAGACGGGGUAAACAAGGGCAUCAAUUUGAAAAUUGUUACUGCCCAUGAGUUGGGGCAUGCUAUUGGACUGGGUCAUUCAAAUGUUCAAGGCGCAUUGAUGGCUCCGUAUUAUGCAGGCUAUGAGAAAAAUUUUAAGCUGAGAGAUGACGAUAUACGUGGAGCGCAGACGUUAUAUGGUACGAGGAACAACCGGAAGUCGUUCAAAGUAAAUAAAGGUGUUUGGUGGGUCCCUGGGCCCAGGUUUGGACGGUCAAAUGAUUAUGAAGAAGAUGAAGAAUGACGAAAAUGAAAAAGAUGGGGAUUGUGAUAAAGAUGGUGAAAAGGACAAAGCUGAAUAAAGUUUGGAAAUGUGAAAUGUGUGGUUUUCACCAUGAGGAAAAACAUUGAACUACGAAUAAAAUGAAAUUAUUAAAUGUAAUUUGGUUUAAUUAACUUUAAUUUCCAGAAAAAAACAGAUUUUAUUAAAAUUUAUCGAAUUUAUGUUGUUUAUUCAACAAGCCUAUAUUCAACCAUUUACAUGCUUGUAGUGCAGCUUUUAAUGUAUAUAUAUAUAUAUAUAUAUAUAUAUAUAUAUAUAUACUGUGAUUUUCAUCAAUAUAUAUAUAUAUAUAUAUAUAUAUAUAUAUUAUAGGAAAUUCUUUAUUAUCGUAGUAUACCAUGUAAAAGGUAAGCUUUAAUAGUUUUAUGAUCUUUGAAAAUGUAUAUUUUAUUCAAUCGCUAGGAUUUAUAAUUUUUAUUUAUAGUAUGAGCUUUUAUUUUUUUAUUAUAAUAUAUUAUUAAAUUCUUUUAGCGGUUUCAUACAUUCUAAUUAACGUUAAUAUAAUUUUGAAAUUUAUAUUUUAUAAAAAUGUUAUAUUAAUUUAUCGUAAAAAAAACACUGCAAUCUAUCAUUUUGCAUACAUAUAUAUGUAAUAAAAUUUGAACGCCUGAUAAUUCAUGAUAUUCAUUGUUAUAAUUCUAAAUAUUUGAGUUUCCAUUGUACGCAUAGUAUUAUCUGUUAUAAAUGGCUGAUUUCCCAUAUAAGUAUGUUCUUUAUAUAUAUACUAAUACUUUAUAUCCUACUCCUUUCAAAGUAGCGUUUAAAAUAAAAUAAAAAUAUU